AGAUCUACUUGAGGUUUUGCAAACCUGAUAGCACCAGUGAGCAGUUGGACUACUACCCUACCAACCUGCAUGUCGCAGUCAACAAAAACAUGUGCAGGUUGCCAGGGUUAUACACACUGCCCAGGGGGCCAGCAGAACCAUUGGACAUAACUGAUAUGUGUAACUUGUCUCAUGAUAACCUAAACAAUAUAAAUACAAGUACACCUCAAGAAAAACUCAAGUUGUUCGUUCAGCUUGUUAAAAAACGCACGUCUGAAGAUUUGAUAGAGGAGCUUAAGACAAAGGCUCCCUUAAUCCCGAGGACACAAUCUUGGUAUUUCACAUCAGUCUUAGAAAAAAAUGUUGACACUGACAAAAUAAUACUGCUUGCUGAUGGCAGCUGGAAACCGCUUGACCCUGCUGACAAGAGGGAAUACCAGCUCGUUAAUAGCAUUUGUGAUAAUUCCACAGCUGAGGAUUCAGAGCCUGCACACUAUGACAAAACAGCUUAUAGAUAUUUGUGUAUCUCAUCUGAUAAGCUUCAAACCUUCAGUGCUAAUGUAUUUUACUUAGAGUAUUUUCAAUGUACUGAUUGUAUAUUAUUGGUUGUGAUAGUUUUUCAAUGUUUUUAUCUUUCAGUUCAUGGCAGGGGUACUGCCACAACACCUGAAUGCUCAUCAGUGGAAACAAUCACCCUGAGUGAUGAUGAAUCACUCUCCUCAAGUUCCCAAGCUACUUAUCAGAGUGAUGGGGUCAGCAGUAAAGCCCAGACACCCCUAGUGGGAACUGUAAGAUCCACUUCUGGAAUAUUCCAGUCACCUAACUUCCAUGAAACUCCUGAAUCAUUUUCCUCUACAUCUCAGGCAUUGAACUCUUCCACUCCCAAUAUUUUCUCUUUUUCCAUUGCUCAGCUGUUUACCUCUUCAACUCCACAGCGUUCUGGAUGCAGAAAGAUGAGGCCAUUAUUGGCCUCUGUACCUAAAAGGAAAUCUAAAAGGAUUAGACAGGACAUGACGAAUGCUAACAGAAAUAACUCCCUCAGCAACUUGAGCAUUAGCAGUGGAAAUAUUAGCAGACACAGCUGUACAGUUAGUGGUGAAAACAGUGUGAGCAGCACUUUAGAUAACAGUGAAAGUAGUGGCCUAAAUGUCAUUACAAAUAGCAGUGAAACAGGACCAUAA